AUGCCACCAGUGAAAUGUUGUGCCAGCGGUAUUGAUGAACGCAAAAAUACUCUUGCAAGAGGGAAGGGGAUGUCCAGUACCAGCCUCAACGCAAACCUUGCUAUCGACGACGCCAACAAUUGCGGUGACACCGCCGGCUGCACCACUGGCAAUAGAAUAGCAAAUGGAAUUAAUCUGAAGCUUGCUCAGAUUAUCUUCAAUGUUGCCAUGGCCCUGACAUUUGCCGUUGAUAGAGCUUCUCAUGACCGGCCGUAUACGAAUAGUAUGUCUGCGACGCAUAAGUCACUGUAA